GUUUUUGAUUGUUUUUUAAAUUUCCUGCAACAGAAUCACUUCAAAACUGGAUUGUCCUAUUUGCGACAAAAGAAGCUUCAUCCGCCUGGACAAACACCUUAUCACCAAUCACUCAGUGUCUUCUUUUGAGGAGCGAGAGGAGGUGAUGAAACAGGCCAAAAGAGCUGCUGUGGUCAAACAGCUGAGUGAACUGAGGUCCCUAAACCCCCCUGUGCCAAUGGCAUCAACACUGGACAUUGACAAUGAGAGAGAGAGGGUGAGGAAGGAGGCCAGACCAGCAGCUGCAGUGAAACUGCAGCAGAAAAAGAGGUCCUCAACCCCCCCUGUGCCCAUGACAGGUGAUGAUGACCCUCCUGCUGAGAGAGAUGACAACGGUCCCUCUUUUGAGCACCCUCACCUGGAGCAACAAGGACUAGAGCCCAUCUUCACCUCCACCCCCAACUUUUCUGCUGGAACUUACCAGCAGUCUUCCAUCUCUGCAACCUCAACAGAUCCAGUUCCAGUGUUCCCAGACAGUCCCUCGCCCGUCCUCCCGGGUCACUUGAGUGCCUCUCCUGAGCACAGUCCUUCUCCCCUUCUUCCCGCAGCCAAAGACCUUUCUGCCCAUGUGAGUCAGCUCCAUUCAUACAGCCUUCAAAGCCAAGUGGAGAGCUCUCCCCCUCUCCUUUUCCCCUGCACAUCUUAUGUAACAACAGCUGCUGAACCUCAUCAAGCCAGCCUUCCAGGGUACUCGUGCCCAUGCCAAUGCAAGCAAUUUGAACAGAGAUUGAAGUCCCUGGAAGCAAAAAUGGACAAGUUUUUGGAACGGCAGACAUCGUCAUCGAAGAAAAUAACACCAUCACCACAUCUGUCUGCACAAAAGGGGGAAUGGGUUCGGAAGACAGGAAAGUCACCCAAGAACAAACCUUUAUUUGAAAAAGUUCUCCAAGACUUCCACAGCUUUCGCCUGGGUGCAAGAACGGGGCGUAAGGAUAGGGAGAAUGCAAAGCAGGCCAUGAGCCAUGGGUUCCGCUUUUGCCUUUACAUGGCCUCUGGCCAACCAGCAUCCAUGACCAGUGACCUCAGGUUCCUUGGGGAUGUAAACAGGUUGCGUGUCUGGCCAGCCUACCUGACAAAGAAGGGAUAUUCCCCCACCACAGUGAAGAACAUGCUCCAUAAUGUAGCGAGCUUUUUCAACCAUGUUGAAAAUUGCUUCAUGUCGCAAAGCCGGCUGAAGCACAAGGACCUGGUGGCUAUGAGGUACGAGCUCAAGAGUUUACAGUCUGAUGUCCAACGACAGGUUGUCGUCCACCGACAGAAGGUGUUAAAGAAAAAGUCAGAUGAUCAGCUCGACGCAGGACAGGCAAAGGAAUUUAUGAAGGCUGCCAGGAAAAAAAUUCCUAAACUGUUAAGAUCUUUGUCCCGCAAACCCUCUGCCACUGAUCAUGCCCUGCUAACUGGCUACAUCCUGUGCUACCUGGCGAUACUAACAGGGCACAGGUCAGUGGUGUUCAUCAACAUGACAAAGGAAAACGUCUCCAACUCCGAGAGCUGGGACCAUGGAACAAAGUUUCAAGUUCUGGUGGAUGAACACAAAACAGUGAAAACUUUUGGCCAAGCGGCACUGAGCCUCGAUGAGGAGGAGUUUCAGUGGCUCCAGGACCUGGCUAAAAGGAAAUGCUGCGGAGAAUAUCAGCUCAACCCUCUUGUGUUCCAUGGAGAACAGGGGAAACCCCUGAGAAAUGCAUGUUCAUUCCUCCAAUCAGCUUGGAGUGAUGCUGGCAUGGCGGGGAACAUCACCUUCACUAAGAUCAGGAGCAGCGUAUCAACUCAGGCCAACCGAUACCUUUCAGAGAAAGAAAGGAGGCAGCUGGCCAAAUCUAUGUGCCACGAUCCGAACACGGCAGAUAGGUUUUAUGUCGCUCUUCCUGACAAGGAGACAGGUCACCAGACCAGGAAGCUGAGACUUAAGGCCUUGGAGAAGGCUUCUUCACACCCCCCUCAGUAUGAUACUGAGACACCGUCCACCAGCUCUGAUGAAGAGGAACCCCCGUAUGAUGAUGAGGUUUCAAGCCCCUCCUUGGUGUCCUCUUCAGAGGAGUUGGAUGACAAAAAUUCAGACUGGGUCAGCCACAGAAGGAAACUGUCCUUCUCACCGAAGAAGGAAUGUGAACCAUGCGUAGUGACGCUUGACAGAUUAAGACCCAAAAUUGCAGAGUAUUAUCUGUACAAGCAAAGAUCUGGUACAAAGCAAGCUUUAUCCGUCCAGCCUGAAGCACCCAGGGCCGAAGAGGGGCAGGAGACCCCUGCAGAGCAGGCUCAAGAAAACAUGCCUGAACCCACGCUUGCCACUGUGCUCACACCUGACCUCAUUCUCGACACUCCAGACAUGAGGCAGGACAUAACAGAAUUUGUUCCCGACACCCUGCUAGAGGAGAUGGCUGACAUCCCAGUGGAGGACAAACUGAGCUUAGUCCUGACCCCAUAACUGUGUUUGAAGUCAGAAUUCUGAGAUCAA